CCUACCAUAAAAACUUGUUUCUUUUGUUGGUCGACCAAUCCUGAAAAAAAGUUUUGAACCAUUAAAAAGCAUGACAUUUUUUGUACAUGAAGAUUGAACAAAUACUCAUACACAUGGCUUCCUGCUUCCACCCUUCUCCAAUGGCUACAAACCACCGCGAAGAAGACUCGAUCAUACUUUUCUCAGCAUCCAACUCUCCCGAUGAAUUCUCCUCAGCUUCCUCUUCCUUUUCUUCUUCACCACUCCCAACCCCUAACCGCUACUCUUUAACCGUGACUAACCUCUCCUACACCAUCCACCAUGUCAACAUACUCAACUCUGUGUCCUUUGCAGCCGAAUCCUCCAAAAUCCUGGCCGUGGUUGGACCGAGCGGAACAGGCAAGUCCACACUUCUGAAGAUCAUUUCAGGAAGAGUGAGCAACAAGGCACUAGAUCCUUCUUCAGCAAUUUCGAUAAACGAUGGUAGAAUCAGCGACUACAAUCAGCUACGCAAGCUGUGCGGGUUUGUUCCACAAGACGAUGAUCUACUUCCUCUGCUCACUGUGAAAGAGACGUUGAUGUAUAGCGCCAAAUUCAGUUUAAGAGAAUCGACGGCGAAAGAAAGAGAAGAUAGAGUGGAGAGCUUGUUAAGAGAUCUCGGUCUUGUUCUCGUCCAGGACAGCUUCGUCGGAGAAGGAGACGAAGAGGAUCGUGGCGUCUCGGGAGGAGAGAGGAAGAGAGUCUCGAUAGCCGUUGAGAUGAUCCGUGACCCACCGAUUCUGCUGCUUGACGAACCGACCUCUGGUUUAGAUAGCCGAAACUCGCUUCAGGUCGUCGAGCUUUUGUCUUCAAUGGCGAAAUCAAAGCAGAGAACCGUCGUCUUCUCCAUCCAUCAACCAAGCUAUCGAAUCCUUGAUUACAUCUCCGAUUACCUCAUUCUCUCCCGCGGAUCGGUAAUCCACAUCGGGAACCUCGAACAUCUCGAGGACUCGAUUGCGAAGCUAGGAUUCCAGAUUCCGGAACAGCUUAACCCGAUAGAAUUCGCCAUGGAGAUUGUCGAGUCAUUGCGAAACUCGAACCACAAAGACUCGUCGCGAGCCGUGGAAUCAUCAUCAUCAUCAUCGAUCUGGCGUGAAAACAGCAACGAAUACGAUGGGAUGAUGAUCAGUACAAAGCAAGAGUUUCGUCUCCUCGACAUCGCCGAGAUAUCAUUUCUCUGCUCGAGGUUCUGCAAGAUCAUCUACAGAACAAAACAGCUAUUCCUAGCUCGAACGAUGCAAGCGGUGGUGGCCGGAUUAGGUCUAGGAAGCGUCUACACAAGACUCGAGCGAGACGAAGAAAGCGUAGCAGAGAGGCUUGGACUAUUCGCCUUCAGCUUAAGCUUCCUCCUCUCUUCCACAGUCGAAGCACUUCCCAUUUACCUCCGUGAACGACGCGUCCUGAUGAAAGAAUCGUCUCGAGGAUCCUACAGAAUCUCAUCUUACAUGAUCGCCAACACAAUCGCCUUCGUGCCGUUCCUCUUCGUCGUAUCGCUCCUCUUCUCCAUCCCAGUCUACUGGAUCGUAGGCCUAAACCCGUCGAUUCAAGCAUUCUCCUUCUUCGUCCUAUGCGUCUGGCUAAUCAUCCUCAUGGCCAGUUCUCUCGUGCUCUUCCUCAGCGCCGUCUCACCUGACUUCAUCUCCGGAAACUCACUCAUCUGCACCGUCCUGGGAGCCUUCUUCCUCUUCUCCGGCUACUUUAUUCCAAAGGACAAGAUCCCCAAACCGUGGUUGUUCAUGUACUACGUCUCGCUUUACCGUUACCCGCUUGAGUCGAUGCUGGUGAAUGAGUACUGGAGCGUGCGAGAGGUGUGCUUCUCGGGAGGGGACUUGGGGUGUUUGAUGACCGGAGAAGAUGUGUUGAAGAAGAGAGGGCUUGACAAGGACACGAGGUGGAUCAAUGUCGGGAUAAUGCUUGCCUUCUUCGUUUUCUAUCGAUUCCUCUGCUGGGGGAUUCUACUCCGAAAGGCUUCCAAAUCAACUCUUUAAACAGUUUCAUUGUACUUAACUUUUACCAUAUAUCUACACAGGUUUCACAAUAAGUUAUUACGGACGAUCAAUAUUCAAGCCACAUUAGUUAAGACCACAAACCAGAGUUUAGUAAACUUGGAUACUCAUUGAAAAAAGAAAAAAAAGAACAAACUUAGUUUGCAAAGCGAAAUGGCUUGAGAGAAAAUUAUUCUCAAGCUCUAGUGACUCCAUAC